AGCCAGCUUCGAUGGCUAUAGAUCUAGUUGGCUUCUCCAAGAUGGACGAUCGGACUGCCGUGCAAGAAGCUGCCUCCGCCGGCCUGCAAAGCAUGCAGCACCUCAUCCGCACCCUAUCCAAUCAAACCCCGUCCCACACUCCACUCGAUUGCCGGGAAAUCAGCGACUUCACCGUCACCAAGUUCAAGCACCUAAUCUCCGUCUUGAACCGGACCGGUCAUGCCCGGUUCCGUCGCGGAUCGGCCAAACCAGCUUCAGAUUCGGUCCAUCCGAAACCUCAGACGACUGUGAUUGCUUUUCAAACCCCAAAAUCGGACAAGGACUACUCCACUACUGUGUCCCCUCCGGUCUCCACUACGUCGUCGUUUUUUUUUCCUCAAACACAAUCGGAGACGGCAGCGUUUCCAACUGUAAAACCUUCUCAUCGAUUUUUGUGCCUACGCCUCCGGCUUUCUCCGCUGUUAAUCGCCCUCUGCACCAGGUAG